CGAUGGACUCCGUGAAGCGCGAGCGGCAGCGGGAGCUCGCCAGAGAGCGGCAGCGCCGACGUCGCGCAAAUCCCGAGUUUCGAGAGCGAGAAGCCCAAGCCAAGCGCCAGCGAAGGUUAGCUAACCCCGAGUUUCGAGAGUGGGAAGCCCAAGCCAGGCGUCGGCGGAGGGAAGCCGCUAACCCCGAGGAUCGAGAGAGGGAAGCGCAAGCCAAGCGCCAGUGGAGGCAAGCCAACCCCGAGUUUCGGGAGAAGGCAACCCAAGCCAAGCGCCGGUGGAGGCAAGCCCAUAGGCAAGCCAACCCCGAGUUUCGAGAGAAGGAAACCAAAGCCAAGCGCCGGUGGCGGCAAGCUAACCCCGAACUUCGACAACAGGAGGCCGAGCAGAGACGCCGACGCAGAGAGAUUCCUACAACCGACGGUGCCGAUGGACGGUUUGAGAGAGAAUUCCUCGACCGUGAGUUCGGCCACAGCUGCAAACAGGAUGACCACAGCUCCGCUGUUUCAGCAGAUUUCACUUCGUGGAACUGGGUUAGGUUUUUUUCUUUAACCUCCUUGGUUUGGCUGGGCUUACACUUUAUGCACUGGCCAGGCAGAAAAAAGAACGCACUAGUAAUCAUUAGUUGUAAUCCUGGAGUUCAUUUUCAGCGGAGCUGGAGUCUAGCUUGGUCCGUGCGCGGCGAUGUUCGCAGCAUAGCCAAAGCGAGAGGGAACGCUCUCGAGAGGGAAGAGAGUGUGGCGAGGAGGGAGGUGAGUAGAGAGGAGGACUGGUGGCACUGGUGGCAGGGCGGAGUUGAGCGGGAGCAUAGCCAAUGCACAGCCGCGCCGAGCGCACGUGGUAUGCCGUUAGUAAUAACGUCAGCGCUCCCUAGUAGCAGGCGCGCUCUCACAUCGGCGGGCCUCUUUCUCAACUUAGCGCAAUGGCGAAGCCGACCGCUAGAACUCCCGAAGAAGAAGCCGCUCGAUUGGAACACCGUAGAGAAGCGGCUCGUGAGCGUGCUAGGAAACGGAGAGCCGAUCCCGAGCAACGGGCAAGGGAAGUUGAAGCCAAUCGUCGCCGAAGAGAAGAUGCAGGUGUUCGAGCAAGAGAAGCGGAGACCAAGCGACGGCGAAGAAAUGAAGAUCCUGAGUUUCUCGCCAAUGAACGAGCAUCGGCAUCGAGGUAUCGCGAAGCUCAUCGAGAGGAAAUUAGAAAUUCUCAGCGACAGCGAAGACUGAACGAUCCCGAACUGCGCAUGAUGGAAAACUUCCAGCGACGUCAUCGAAAUGGGAUGGAAGGUACCAACGGAAGGUUUCAACGUGAGUUUCUCAACGUUGAGUUUGGCCAUAGCUGCAAAGUCUGCAAUAGACUGUGCUUUAGCAACAAGUUGUACAAGAUUAACGGCGUGCAGACUGAUGAAGGCCGUGCCAAAGCAAUCAAGGCGCUUCAGAAGAUCUUCCCCGAUGAGGAGGACGUCGCCGAUCUGAAGCCAUCGAUGUACUGCAGCACACAUGGAACUCUGCCUGUUGAAUCUGCGAAAGCUGUGCAGACAGAGACCACAGGGUGUUUCAGUGGCAAAGUGGAUGUUGCAGUUGGGACAACGAUUGUUGACUGGGGUGUGUGCCAGUCAACGCAGACAUUGCCUGCUGCCGAGAAGGUGCACAGAUGGGCAGAUACCACAGACCUUGAUGUCCACGACAGUGGCCCUCGUGUGCGAAAGAUUUCAGGUUGUAAAGGAGUGUCCUGGUGAUUACAAUGGGCACAGGUCAUUGCCUGCUGGACCCACCACGGUCGUGCAAGGGGACGCUGCUACGCGGUGCGACCGGAGAGCAGACGUUAAUAUUUAUUCCACGUGGUGCAAGGGGCAUCUCCAAAGUGACAGAGGCAUUGUUAUACACUCCGAAGGGCUUCUCCGUAGGAGUGCAAUCUUAAGAUCUCGAUGAUUGUUGCAAUGUCCCUUUGCUUCUGUAGGUCGACGGUGCCAAUCGAAGGUACCCCCUUACACAUAUUGAUAUUAUUGUAAUGAAGAGAAAGACAGCCGAAGUGCAAGCAGGAUCGCCAACGCAGUGCACGAGACAGUGCUCAACCUGAUCCAGUGCUCUUUGCUGCGGACCUUUCUUCAUUCACAGCCCACGUCCAGUGCACCUCUUUUCAAGUGGUGGAGGUGCUGGAGUCUCCACAAAGCCUGCGCCCUGGGACUCCGAUCCCGCACGCUUUAGUAGACCAUGCCAGCCGAUGCGGCCCCGCAAAUGUCACCAUCUCCGGCCGUCCUUUGCUCCGGCGCGCUUCGCCAAAGAGACCCCGCUGUGUGCAGUAGCAAAGACAACCACGAUGUCAAGGAUUGCCUCACAUGGUACGAGAGGGUGAGCAUGCAGUCAAUGAGAUGACACCACGAAGUUAAACAACAUCAUAUUUUACUUCUCUGACGUGGCAAGCUUGUGGUAUUAGAACCACGAAACGGUCUUUCAGACCUGGCCCACUUUCAAAGCGCCGUUCUUGGACGUUUUCAACCGCCCUGCAGCCAGGAAGCUGUGCGCCGAAUGACGUUUGCACGCUCGGGCGCAACACCCUAGUGAGACAUUUACCAGUUAUAUUGAGGACGUCGUCAACCAGUGCAAGCGUGUUGACGCUUCGAUGACAGCGGCUGCUAAAAUUCAGCACGCAACAAAGGGUAUCGACGAUGACGUCUUUCAGAUGCUUCUCGCAAAGUCCUCUGUCACUGUCACCGAUGUUGUCACACUGUGUCAGAGUUAUGAUAAAUUGCGGAAGCAACGAGCUUUGACCCGGCGUCCUUACCAACACAACGAGCCACUCGCGGGCUUGUCAUUCAUCUCUGACCACUCGUCCCUCGUCACACAAAUCAAAACGUUUGUGUGUGAAGAGGUCACUCGUCAACUUUCUCUAGUGUCCACUGUCACUCAACAUCCGGACCCCCCACCAUAGCUGCCGCAGCAGCAGCCCACUUCGUUGGCUCCAAUGCUCCGUCAUGCGAUUCAGGAGCAGAUCGCUGACGCCCUACCCGUGCCCAUCUAGCAGCAGCCUGUCGCCGCACCCCUGAGUUACGCUGAAAUGGCCCUGGCCACAAACUUACUUGCCAUUUCAUCCAGCAUCGCCUACAACAGUCCCUUCUGCAUCGUUGAAUUCAUCGUCCUUGCAUCUUGCUCUCGUGAUAUCAUACUUGGCUGGGACUUUCUCUCACGUAGCAACGCCAUAAGCAACUGCGCCCACGCUGAACUACAACUCUUCUCGCUGUAUGACGAGCCCAUCAACAACACCCAUCAGUCUCGAAGCAAACUCGUCGUCAAAGAAGACAUGGAUAUUCCUCCGACCAUGUUGGUUCUUCUACCCAUACUCUGCAGCGACCUUUCCGACGAAGUUGUAAUCUCUGCGCUGUCGAAUCUUUUUCUGACUCGGACAGCUCUUCUUCUGCCUUAUGCAACCCUCGCCGUUUCGACUGGCUCCAGCACCCUCUUUAUCACCAAACCCUUUCCUUUUCCCUUCAAGCUGCUUCGAGGUGAAUGUCUUGGAUGCGUGCAACCCAUUGAUUCCUGGGAGAUUAUCAACGUGAGAAAUGAGUCUUCUACAGCCGACUUCGAUGCGAUGAGUGCCCCCAACUUAUUUGACUCCUCAGCUAACGAUCUGGUCAUCUAUCGCUGACGGACUCUCUCCUCUUCAACGCUCUGAGCUUCUCCAUCUGCUGUGCCAGACGUUGCCCAGCCUGCCAUUGGCCGUACCUCAACUGUUCAUCACCACAUCGACACUGGCUCUAAUUCACCUCUGUGUCAAUGACCAUAUCGUGUUUCCACCAAAGAACGACACAUUGUUACAGAGCAGGUCAAUGACAUGCUAUGAUGCAACGUCAUCCGAACAUAGUCCAUGGACCUCUCCAGUGGUUCUUGUAAAGAAAAAGGAUGGUUCCAUUUGCUUCUGUGUGGAUUACUGGUGCCCUAAUAAGAUCACCCGAAAAGACAUAUAUCCCUUGCCGCAGAUCGGCAAUGCCCUUGAUUGCUUACAAGGCGCCGAGUACUUUUCAGCUUUAGAUCUGUGCUCGGGGUAUUGGCAGGUACCCGUGGCAGACGUCGAUCGCCCCAGGACUGCCAUCGUUACACCUGAUGGGUUAUAUGAAUUCAGUGUCAUGCCUUUAGGCCUUUGCAGUGCGCCCACCACCUUUGAGCGCAUGAUGGACUCUGUGCUGCGUGGGUUAAAGUGGCACAUUAAAGUGGCACGUGCGUGGGUUAAGUGGCCACUUGGACGACAUUGUCGUCUUUGCUCCAGAUUUUGCAACACACUUUGAGCACCUCGGACACAUCCUGAUAUGCCUCAAGGAUGCUGGUCUCCAACUCAAUCUCAAGAAGUGCCAGUUAGCUACGCGGCAGCUGACGAUUCUCGCCCACGUUGUGUCCAAGGACAGUAUACUGCCCGACCCAGCUAAACUUCGUGCUGUCACCGACUUUCCCAAAACCGACGACAAUCAAAGACUUAAGGAGCUUCGUAGGGCUCUGCUCCUACUUUUGCCGGUUUGUUCGUAACUUCGCGCUAUCAUGUCACCUCUGACACAGCUCCUUAGUAGCGCCAGCGAUAUAUCGUCACGGUCUUCCUGAGUGCAACUAUGUGCUCUCCACUCUCCUCCAUCUAACUUCUCCCGUUUAUUGCACCAUUACGACCGUGCAGCUGCAACUGAAGUGCACACGGAUGCAAGCGGUGUCGGUCUCAGUGCAGUUCGUGCACAACGGAAACCUGGCUUCACCGAAUAUGUUGUCGCAUAUGCCAGUUAAACUCUCACAAAAGUUGAGUCAAACUACAGUGUUACCAAGAAAGAAAGCUUGGCGAUAGUUUGGGCGCUCCGCAAGUUUCGUCUGUAUUUACAUGGCCGUGCCUUCGACGUUGUCACAGACCACCAUGCGCUGUGUUGGUUAUCUUCAUUGAAGGACCCAUCAGGCCACCUUGCAUGUUGGGAUCUUCGGAUUCAAGAUUAUGACAUCCAUGUUGUAUACCGUUCCGGCCGCAAGCAUGCAGAUGCUGACACACUCUCCCGUACACCUCUCCCUGCAGAGGCUGCAUCCCUCUCAACCCUUGAAAACACGCUGUUCUCUUAGGGCAUUGACACCGUCUCCUCAGCGCAGCGCAAAGGUUCCAUGGAUCGCUUCACUCCUUGACAUUAUCUCUGAAGCGCCCACACUUCCGAUAUAUCGGUCUUUGUGUCGUCAAGCUUCGCAUUUCGUUAUUCGUGACGCCCUCCUGUACCGGCGCAGCUAUUCGCCAGAUGGUUGAGGUGGCUUCUAGUCAUAGUACAAACGUUGCGCUCUGACAUUUGUGCAGCUUUUCACUUAGACCCGCAAUGUGCUCACGUCGGUGUCUUCAAGACUUACGAACAUCCUUGGCAUCGAUAUUACCGGCAAGGAAUGUACACCUUCAUUCGCCACUUUAUUCGUGCUUGCCCUGAGUGUCAGCGAUGAAAAAGAAAACCUAAUGCUACGACUGGUUCUUUACAGCCGCUUCCGUGCUCUGCAUGUCCAUUCAACCGUGUCGACAUUGACCUGUAUGGACCCCUGCCAAUCACUACUGCAGGCAACCAGGGAGUUAUCAUCGCCGUUGACCACCCGACACGGUACGCCAAAACCGCCUCUCUAUUCACCGCCAGAGCACAAGACAUCGCUUCCUUCCUUCUUAACCGGUUUAUUCUCCGGCAU